UCGCUGGUUGUUCGUCUUCUUCUUCUUCCUCUUCUUUGCAGUCGAUAAUGGAAACACCGGCGAUUGAUAUUGGGGUCGAGUUCGCCAUUUCAUCGACAUUACCAAUCCUCGGUAGGAUAAAAACAUGUCGAAUGCCGUUUAUUGCCAUCAAGUAAAACUAAUGGCGGAGGCUUUGGGUAGCAAUCUGUUUGUCACACGCAACCAGCUUGAACGGGCCAAAGAUAUGUUGACUCAGUACAAGAAAACGCAUCAUACAGAUAAUGUUGAAGAAUUGUGGAAAGCCAAAUUAGCUGUCGACUCCACUAUUCAUCCUGAUACGGGAGAGCCUAUUUUUCUACCUUUCCGUAUGGCGUGCUUUGUACCUACGAAUAUGGUGCUUGUGGCGGGCAUGCUGAUGCCGAACCCUUCAAUUAAAACCAUCCUAUUUUGGCAAUGGGCAAAUCAAAGCGUGAAUGUGGCUUUCAAUUCAGCGAAUGCCAACAAAACAACUCCGAUGAGCUUAAAGGAAACAGGAGUGGCCUAUGUAUCUGCUGUCACCACCUCUUGUGCUUUGGCUGUCGGAUUAACGCAGGGCGUGCCACGUUUGAACGUGUCGGCUUCUAUGAAAAGAUUGAUGAUGAAGCUGGUCCCUUUCACCGCCGUCGCCGCAGCAGGUACCGUCAACAUCUUCUUGAUGCGAGGAAAAGAAGUGAGAGAUGGUAUCAACGUAUAUACCGCUGAUGGAGAGAUGGUCGGUAAAUCCAAGACUGCCGGUCUGACCGCUGUCUCGCAAGUGGCCAUCUCACGUAUCCUUACCAACGCACCUGUCCUCAUUGUACCUCCCUUCCUCCUCGAUCGUCUACAAAAGACGGCAUUUGUGCAAGCCCGUCCCAAACUAGUGGUGCCGCUCAACUUUGGUCUGAUUGCUCUGUCGUUGAUGACAGCCUUGCCGGCUGCGAUUGCACUGUUUCCUCAGCAGGGAGCCAUGGAGACGGCUGCCAUGGAAAAGGAAUUCCAAAAUUUAAAUGAUAAAGAUGGCCACCCGAUCCGUACCUUGUACUAUAACAAGGGUCUUUAGAAGGAACCGAGAUCGUUGAUUGUGGCAGGUUACACGACGCGUCUCAUCUUGUGUUCAAUAUUUUUAGGAACCUAUUUGUAAAAUCCCGGACAGAGACUGGAAAACAAAAAAAGCGAUCCAAUUUAUUGACAAUAAACGACCAAAAGUACUUACAC